UGAGAAAAUGGCGACGUGUAUGGAAAAAUUUGUCGGCGUUUUCAAGCAGAAAUCUACUGCUAUUAUUGGCAUGAUUCAUCUAAAGCCUUUGCCAGGGACCCCAAGAUAUCAGUACUCAAUGAAGGAAAUCCUCAACUCAGCUGUAAAUGAAGCUAAGCUCUACAAAGAUGCUGGAGUGGAUGGUGUUAUGUUGGAGAAUAUGCAUGAUGUGCCCUACAUGCAUACUGGUCAAGUCGGGCCGGAGAUCACCGCUGCCAUGUCCGUCAUCUGUGCGGAGGUGAAGAAGGUCUUCUACCCUGGUCCUGUGGGGGUUCAAGUGUUGGCCGGUGCCAACAUGCAGGCUCUGGCGAUAGCUAAAGCAGCAGAGUUGCAGUUUGUGAGAGCCGAGGGUUUCGUUUUCUCGCUCAUCGCUGACGAGGGCCUGAUGAACGCUUGUGCUGGUGAAGUUCUACGUUAUCGUAAACAUAUCGAUGCUGACAAUGUCCUCGUGUUCACAGACAUCAAGAAGAAACAUAGUGCCCACACUAUCACCGAAGAUGUCAGCAUUGUAGAGACGGCCAAGGCAGCAGAGUUCUUCCUUAGCGAUGGCGUCGUGGUUACAGGCGGCGCUACAGGAAUGGCUGCCAGCACUCAGGAAGUAGCAGGUGUGUUGAAUGCUGUCAACGUUCCUGUGCUGGUGGGUUCAGGAGUGACAACCGCCAACAUAUCACAGUAUAAGUCAGCUCAUGGGCUAAUUGUUGGCUCCCACUUCAAACGAGACGGACACUGGGCAAAUGAAAUUGAUCAGGACCGAUUAAAAAAAUUCAUGGAGCAAGUGAAAGCUGUUCGUGAAAACAAGUUACUCCAGGCUACCAUGAUUAUUUGAAUACAAUUCCAACCAUGUAUAUGGAUUGCACCUACAGAGGAAUGGUCUUGCGGGAUCUUGAGGGAUUGCGUGUGGGGAACGUGCCUCUAGUCAUUAUCAGUGGGCCCAUUAGUGUGUCUACAGGUGGUGCUGUAGAUGCUUUUGUCAGGAGCUGUUAGAAGUAGAAAGUUAAUCACAUUUUUUAGUGACGUAGCAUUCAUCUGUCAUGAAGAUCUUACGAAAAUAAUGUCACUGAUCUAGAUCUUGUUUCUGUUAUCAUUCAUGUGCACCAUGUAUAAACCCUCACUUCUGAGGGAUUCAGGUGAACAUGGCUGCAGUUUGUCACAAGGCAAGAUUUUUAUUUUUUGUUGGUUAAAAGACAUUUGUUUUUAUAACCAUGGUUGGCAAUUUGGUGAAAAGAAGACAAAUUUUAUUUUGUAUUCUUCACGAAAUUAGUUUAAUAUAUUGCUAUUUUGAGCUU